UCUCGGCAAGAUAUCGUGGCCCAGCGGGCGACUCUCAAGAUCGCUCGGGAGCUCGAGGGCUGCACCUUCCGCCCCAAGGUCAACCCGUCGCCCCCGGUCAAGCCGCCGACCGUGGCCAAGGCGACCGCAUAUCCUCGGCCUGGCUGGCUUGCACGUACCGUCGAGCGCAUCUUGCUCGAGGCGCGUCUGAAGCAGACCAUCGUGUAA